AUGAUGCGUCUUGCGGUUCUUUUGACUUGUAUUGGACUCAUCUCUGCCACUGCUCUACCCGAACAGGUGGUGGAGAAUGAGGGAAGUGGGAAGGUUGUAGGUGGGUCCAAUGCUCGCCCAAAUACAUGGCAAUGGCAGGUAUCUCUACAGAUGGAUAACUGGGGCACAGGUUACUUUGCUCACAUUUGUGGAGGCAGCCUUGUUAGUGCCAAUUAUGUGAUGACUGCAGCCCACUGUAUCCUUGAUUUGGACGUCAGGAAAUAUAAAGUGGUUUUGGGGGAAUAUGACCUCAGUAAGCCCGAAGGCCGUGAGCAGGUUUAUGGUGUGACAAGGAUUGUAGUUCAUCCUGGCUGGACUGAGGAUCUUGCAAACGGAAAUGAUAUUGCCUUGAUGAAGUUGGACUCUUUGGCCUAUAGCAAUGGUUAUGUGUCCAUUGCAGAGCUGCCUUAUUCUGGACAAAUUUUGCCCAAUGGCUUUACUUGCUAUAUUACUGGAUGGGGACUUCUGGCUACUGGUGGUUAUAUGCCAGACCUCCUUCAGGAGGCGCCCAUUGGUGUGGUGGAUUACUCCGUGUGCUCCACUUAUGAAUGGUGGGGCAGUGUGGUCAAGAAAUCCAUGGUGUGUGCCGGAGGAGAUGGUUUGACUGCUGGGUGCCAGGGUGACUCUGGUGGACCUCUGAACUGCCUUACUGAUGGCUCUUGGAAAGUUCAUGGUGUAGUCAGCUUUGGCGCUGCUAUAAACUGCAACCUUUACACCAAACCUACAGUCUUCACUCGCGUGUCUGCCUUCAUUGACUGGCUGUAUUCUGAAAUGGUGUAAAAGCACAACGUGUUUUGUGGCUGUUGAAUAAAAGACCAAGCAAUCUGCACAAA